CUUAAGUAUAUUCAUAUGCUCCAAAUGAAGAUUUAUCUUUUUAUUCUCUCACUCGCAUUGUGGCUUGUGAAUAUCUUGGCCCUUAAGGAUCCCAUUUGCGGUCGGAAUCGUAAGGUUAGUAAAUGUAUAGCGCGGGGAAGGGAAUCUCCAGUGUUUUAUGGCUAUAAUCAAACCAGUGAUGAGUGUUACAAAAUCAAGAAUCCCUGUCAAAAGUUCGUCAGAAGAUUCGCAACCAAAGAGAUUUGUGAGCAGAUAUGCCAGCAGAAGAAGGCAUACAACUAG